UUAUGUUUAUGUCGCAUGAUUUCUUCGCCUUCACUUAAAAAGAAAAAAGAGAUGAUUUCUUCACCUUCACUUAAAAAAGAAAAAAAAAAAGAGAAAAAUAAAAAACCAAAAAGAAAGGAAGAGGAGGGGUCAGGGGGAUGAUGGGGGCUCAACUCCUCCUUCCUUAGUUAUAGGUAAUCUCUCUCUCUCUCUCUCUCUUCCCCCCUCUCUCUGUUUGUUCCAUAACUCAUCAGCUUGAUUUUGUGCUGCCGUCUUCCUCCCUCAGUUUGUGCUGCUGCUGCUCUCUCUCUCUCUCUUCUUCUUCUUCUCUGUCUGUGUGUCUCUCCUUCUUCCACAGCUCAGUUGGCCUGUGAUUUUGAUUUCCCUUAUGGUUCCUCCAUUAACUCAUUAGGCUCUCUCUCUCUCUCCCUCGGUUCUUCGCCAGCCCUGGAGUUGCUUAUCCCAUCUCCUGAUUCUUCCUUCAACUCGCUCUCUCCUUUUCUCAUAUUGUUGAUCUUCUUCCUCGUUACCCAAGUCCCUCUCUGUUUCCUUCCUGAUAUUGUUCUCUCUUCGUGCUCUCUCUCUCUCUCUCUCCCCUCCCUUUGUUCCUUCUCAUUCCCCUUGAACUCUCCCCAACUGCUUUUUCCCCUGUUCUGACCAUGAAUAGGGCCAUGGAUGAGCUGCCUGGCCUGCUCAACGGGUCGCCUUCCAUCCACACAAGCCGUCCGAUCCCCCGAUCGACGGAAAAGCGCCCUUCAUCAGUGUCACCGCACAAGUUAGAGAAACCUGCUUCGUCACUACCUUUCGCUCAGGCUAACCACGGCAGCAGCGAGAUCACCAACAACCACCAAUACGACUCCGGCGCCCUUCCAAUAACCACAUCCGAGGUGGGGCCGGACUCCUGCGCACCAGCACCGCCACCGGCCUCGGAAAGGUUGAACAUAGAUCUCUUCGAGUGGCCAAAGAUUUACUAUUCAUUACCGAAGAAGGAGAAGGAAGAGGAGCUCCAUGCCGUCAAGAGCAGCAAGCACCCCCAGGGCCCCAAGAAGAGGGCCAAGUUAUCUGAAAAGAGCUCCUCUCAGCAUCCGGAGACCAUCACCACCACCAUCAGCAACAGCAACAACAGCCACAAUCACAACAACAUCAACGGUUCCAGCAAAAACCAUGCCAUCUACGAGAACUCGGUGGCUGCGCCGGUUGGAGGGGACGUGCUGCUUCAGUGGGGGCACAACAAGAGGUCCAGAGGGUCAAGGUCCGACGGUGGCUCAGCCCAGGGGAGGCAGGUGGUUAAGAUGCCCAGGAGGACGGGUGUCGGCGGCUCCGAUAAGCCGAUCCAGCCGGGCCAUCAGAACCACCAGACGGCGUCGGCCGCCGGAUACACGCGUGGGGGCAAUCUCCGGCCGUGCACGCCCGUCCGGGAGGCGCACAGCAGGAACCUGGACGAGCUGCCCACCCUGUUGAACGGCUCCCCAUCUAGCAACAACACCCGCCCGAUCUCCAGAUCAACGGAUAAGCGCACAUCAGCGUCGCCUGAUAAGGCAGAGAAGCAUCCCGCAGCUUGUCCACCACUGGCCGUCCCGACCAAUAACUCCCACCAUCACCACCAUCAGCAGCCCGACUGCAACGGCUCUGCACCUGCGGCCGAGCCAACUGCUCCCGCGGUGCCAGAGAAGGUGAACAUGGAUCUAUUUGAGUGGCCGAAGAUCUACAUAUCGUUGUCGAGGAAGGAGAAGGAAGAUGAUUUCCUCGCCAUCAAGGGCACCAAGCUGCCCCAGAGACCAAAGAGGAGAGCCAAGGCGGUGGACCGUAACCUUCAGUAUUGCUUCCCUGGUAUGUGGCUCUGCGACUUGUCCAGAGGGCGCUACGAAGUUAGGGAGAAGAAAUGUGUGAAAAAGAAGAGGAGGGGUCUCAAGGGUCUGGAAAGCAUGGACAGUGAUUCUGAAUAGUUUUGCUUCGGAGGUUGCAGCAGAAGAACCAACAAGUGCAUAGCUGCCCAUGGAUGGGAAGGAAGGAAAACAGAAGAAUCAGUACUGCUUCUCCAUGGGAGGAAGCGAUGUUGGUAGUCCAUGCUAGCUUUUGUGCAUGCUUGUAAUCUCUCUCUCUCUCUCUCUCUCGUUCUCUGCUAUUUUAGCUGGACCAGUAGGGUCCGUCGCCCAUGGUUGAGUGGUGUUUAGUUUCUCAACACCACAUGUGGGCGGAAGCGCCCCCUGCUCGACUAACAGAGACAAAAAGAGACAGAAAGGCCAUGUGCCUCUUUUAUAGAUGGCCGUGGAAGCAGUCACUGUGCUUCCUAGCAACCGAGUUUUUUCCCCGUCCGUUGAUUCAAUCUCACUGUGGUGGUAGAGCUUUGGGUAUUUCUUCGAGUUCUUUGUACAAAGGAAGUUCAGUCAAUGAAAAUAUGUUUAUGUCUUA